AUGGAAGACAUGAUGAAGGGUCCGUCAGAAACGGCCCGUUCGCACAAUAGCCUCGAGCUAGCAAAUGCGAUUGCCGUGACGGAAAAACAAGGCACACACGGCGAUGAAGUGGACAUGGAUCGUAUGGGAAAGCUCCAAGUUCUUAGGCGUCAAUUUAGAUUUCUCACAAUCUUCGGCUUUGGUGUGGUUCUCGGCAGCACAUGGGAAUACGCAUUGAUCGGUAUCGGCAUUUCUCUCUUCAAUGGCGGCCCUGCUGGCGGCAUCUGGAUGCUCGUGGUCGUCUGUUGCGGCAUGUUUUGCGUUACGCUCUCGUUCGGUGAGAUGGUGUCGAUGAUGCCUACAGCGGGCGGGCAAUACCAUUGGGUUUCCGAACUGGCGCCAAAAUCGAAACAAAGACUUGUCAGUUACGUCGUUGGUUGGCUGAUUGUCACGGCGUGGCAAGUAGGCACGGCUGGUACUGCCUAUGCCGUCACCCAGCAGAUCCAAGGUCUCAUUGCGUUGAACAACCCCUCGUACGUGAUCAAAGGCUGGCAUGGCACUCUGAUGGCCAUCUCCAUCAUUGUGCUCUCAAUCGUGUGGAACACGCUCCUUAUCAAGAAACUUCCACUGAUGGAAGGCGUCGCGCUUGUCCUCCAUGUCUUCGGUUUCUUCGCCUUCAUCGUUGUACUCUGGGUCAUGGGUCCGCGCUCCGAUGUCAAGGACACAUUCACCAAGUUCGAAGACCCCAGUGGAUGGGGUAAUAGAGGCCUUGCUAUCCUUGUCGGCCUUCUUGGUCCCAUACUUACCAUCGGCGGAUCCGACCUGGCCGUCCAUCUCGCCGAGGAAGUGAAAGAUGCCGCCUACACUUCUCCAAGAGCCAUGGUGGCUACCUCCCUGGUCAACUAUGUGUUAGGCUUCACCAUGACCGUCACCAUCUUCUGUACGCUGGGCAGCGAUCUUGAUUCCAUCCUCAACACUCCACUUGGCCAGCCCUGGAUCCAGAUCUUGAUGAAUGCGACCGGGUCAAAGGUAGCUACAAACAUCAUGACAGUGGCAGUCUGUAUAAUGCUUCUGUUUUGUUGCAUUAAUCAAUUGACUGCCGCUUCGCGCCAACUCUGGUCCUUUGCUCGCGACGACGGACUCCCAUGCUCAGGUUGGCUCGCCCACGUCCCCGAAGGCUGGGACAUUCCCGUCAAUUCUGUGAUUUUCACGUUUGCAUCCUCGUCACUUAUCUGUCUCAUCAUCAUCGGCUCGCCAAUCGCCUUCAACAUCAUCAUAGCCCUGGGCGGACUCAGCGGCUGUAUUUCCGACAUUAUUUGUAUUUCCUGUAUGCUCCGGAAGCGGCUGCUCGGAGAACCUCUUCUUCCUUCUCGCUUCGAUCUCGGAAAAUGCGGCAUCGUCAUCAACGCUUGUGCUAUCCUCUACACGAUGCUCGCUCUGGUCUUCCUCGCCUUCCCCGAAAUACCGAACCCUUCGGUGGUAGAGAUGAACUGGUCUCCUGUCAUGUUCGGUUGCAUGGUUGUCUUUUCUUCGGUUUAUUACUUCCUUUACGGCAGGAGCAAGUACAAUGGCCCUGUGGAAUACGUUAAGAAAUCCCUUUAG